AUGGCCGACUUUGCUCCCCCGUCUGGUCCGCCUCCCCCUAAGGCCCCCGAGGUUCCUGCCGGAUGGGCCGUGCGAUGGAACGACCAAUACAAAGAAUGGUUCUACGUCAACAUUUACACAAAACAAUCGCAAUGGGAAAAGCCCACUGCUCCCGUCUUUCCAGCUGAUGAUGCCGCGCCCGCCGGCCCUCCGCCCGGUUACGACCAAGGCAAUGCGCCCAUCCCUACAGAUACCAAGAAGAACCCCUACGAGGACCAUCGCGAUCAGUCAGCUGGUGGUCCUUCUGAAGAUGAAGACGCUAAGCUAGCUGCGAAGUUACAGGCUGAGGAAGACGCCCGCGCUCGAAGUGGUCCUGGUGGUCCAGACGUUCCUGCGGGAUAUGGAGCAUCAAAUAGUCCAUACCCUCAGAGCAACAGCCCGUAUCCUCAACAACAGGGCGGCAGUCCUUAUCCCACAGAACUUCCCCCUAGAGAACGUGGUGCUAAGAGCGGUGGUGGAUUCUUAGGCAAGUUGCUCGGCAAGGGAAAGCAGAUGGCUGGAGGCCACCAACAAGGCGGUGCCGGUGGUUACGGCGGCGCGCAGGGUGGAUACGGAGGUGGUUAUCCUCAACAACAGUACUACGGCCAACAGCCCCAAGGCUAUCCUGGACAAGGUCCUCCAAUGGGUUACGGUGCCCAACCUCACUACGGCGGUGGUUAUGGCGCACCAGGAGGUUACGGUGGCUAUGGUGGCGCUCCUGGUUAUGGAGCUCCUCAUGGCGGUGGCUUUGGUGGUGGUGGCCGUAAACCUGGUGGUGGUGGUAUGGGCAUGAUGGGAGGUGCUGCUCUCGGUGCCGGUGCUGGUCUGCUUGGUGGUGCUAUGAUCGCAAACGCUUUUGAUAACGACGAACAAGACGCUUACCAGGAUGGUUUCGAGGAUGGUGCUGAUUUCGGCGAUGAUGGUGGUGACUAA